AGGUCACCAUGUCCCGCAUAGCAGCAUUGGCGGUGCUCGGCUGCUCUCCUCCAGGUGACGUACACUGUGAUUCCUGAUCUAUACGAGCAGACCACAUCCCAUUCAUACUAUGAUGAACAAUAGGAGGCAGCCAGCCGCGGUAUAAGUGCUCAGCUUCAGCACUACAGCAGUGGACAGCCGCACAGUCUACAUUCAGCCCUACACCGGUGGACAGAUCUCAUCUGGCAGCAUAGCCCAGCACUGGUUCAGCACCACAUCAGUGGACAGCUCCGGAGCCUCCUGUACCUUCACCUGUUCCUGAAGAUCACACUCAUCCCCUGCACCACACAUUCAAUGCACUGGUCACUGGCACAAGAAUAAAAGUCAACUACCCCAUCUAAAAAGGCAGGGUUGGACAAGGACACUGGCCUUGGAGGCAAAUGGCUCUUAAGCCUAUGUUUAUCUUCUGUGCCCUUAUUGGGGUGAUAUGUGUUGUUCAUGGAUUUCCUAAACCAGACAGUAGCCAAGACAAGGCUCUUCAUAACAGAGAACUAAGUGUAGAGAGACCAUUGGAAGAACAGAUUGCUGAGGCAGAGAUUGCUGAGACGGAUUCAGUGAGCAGAGGGGCAGGUAAAGAUAAAGUAAAAAAUGACUCCUUUGUGGAUGACCUAAACUUCUUAAUGUCAGUUGCGGAGAAAGAAAAUAAUGUCAAAAGAAGUGGUUGGACAAAAAACACAGUUGGUGACCACAAGACCUCUAUGGAUGAAGUAGACUCCACUAAAAACAUAAAGCCAGUGGAGUAUUUUGACUCUACUAAAAGUGGAUUGGAUUAUAAAUAUGAAGAUGAUCCUGAUGGGCUUCACCAGUUAGAUGGAACACCGCUCACUGCAGAAGAUAUUGUACAGAAGAUUGCUAUGAGAAUUUAUGAAGAAAAUGACAGAGGAGUAUUUGACAAGAUUGUUUCUAAGCUUCUAAACCUUGGGCUGAUCACAGAAAGCCAGGCGUACACAUUAGAAGAUGAGGUGGCCCUUGUUUUACAGCAAAUAAUUGCUAAUGAGGCCCAAAACCGAGAGAAGGAGUCAGAAGGGCCCAAUUAUCUUGCGGACAGCGAUGGAGAGGAAAAGCCGGCGGAAAGAACGAAGCCUCAAGAUAAAGAAAGAUCUGAAGGAAACAGCAUUGGAGACGGUGACUGGACCCCGGCAGCCAUCUUGGAGAGAAGGAAUGAUAUGCCGCUAGAAGAAAAUUUUGAAGACCUUCAGUAUUUCCCAAAUUUCUACAGACUCAUAAAAAGUCUAAAUUCAGAAAAUGAUGCCAAAGAAAAGGAAACACUGAUAACUAUUAUGAAAACUCUUAUUGAUUUUGUGAAAAUGAUGGUAAAAUAUGGGACAAUCACACCAGAUGAAGGAGUCAGUUAUUUGGAGAACCUGGACGCCAUGAUAGCUGUACAGACAAAGAACAAGCUCGGAAAGAAUUCAGAGACGCACAGUAACAGAGUGCUAGCAGAUCAGGAAUCCGAUAGCACUAAGGAAGCUGCAGCCAAUAUGGAAAAGGAAUAUGAAAAAUUAAAGGAUUCUACAAAACCAGAGGAGCCAAAAGAAACCGAAGAGAGUAACAAUCACAAAGGGAAAGCUGAAACAUAUUUAGAAGCCAUUAGAAAGAAUAUUGAAUGGCUGAAAACUCACAACAAACAGGAGAAAAAAGAAGAGUAUGAUCUUUCUAAACUAAGAGACUUCAUUGACCAGCAGGCAGACACCUACGUAGAAAAAGGAAUCCUGGACCAAGAAGAAGCCAAUGUAAUAAAGCGUAUCUACAGCAGCCUGUGAGGAAGACCCAGAGGAGUGCUCUUCACUACCAUGCGAAAUACGCUUUAGAUUUAGAAUCCAUCACUAGGAUCCAAAACCCACACUUUUCCAAUGUACUGUUAGAAAACAGGUUGAUUUACUAAAGUAGAAAUCUGUUUAUCAGGCAGGUUGAGGCCUUUGGACUUUUUCAUUAUAUAUUUAUUUUGAUAAAUUUUAUAUAUAUCUAAUAAACAUAGAAAAAUAUGUUACAUAUAGCCGUAAUAGGGUACACAUACGGUAAUCCCUAAAAGUCUGCUUAAAAUAAAAACAACCCUUUCAACAGCCUGUCUUCUUAAAGGGGUAUUUCAGGGGAAAAAAACGUGUAUAUAUAUAUAUAUAUAUAUAUAUAUAUAUAUAUAUAUAUAUAUAUCAACUGGUUCCAGAAAGUUAAAACAGAUUUGUAAAUUACUACUAUCAAAAAAAUCUUAAUCCUUCCAAUAAUUGUCAGCUGCUGAAGUUGAGUUGUUCUUUUCUGUCUGGCAACAGUGCUCUCUGCUGACAUCUCUGCUUGUCUCGGGAACUGUACAGAGUAGAAGAGGUUUGCUAUGGGGAUUUGCUUCUACUCUGGACAGUUCCCGAGACAGGUGUCAUCAGAGAGCACUUAGACAGAAAAGAAGAACUCAAUCCUUUCAGUACUUAUGAGUUGCUGAAGUUAAGAUUUUUUUUUAUAGAAUUAAUUUACAAAUCUGUUUAAUUUUCUGAAGCCAGUAUAUAUAUAUAUAUAUAUAUAUAUAUAUAUAUAUAUAUAUAUAUAUAUAUAUAAACAGUUUUUUCCUGGAUAACCCCUUUAAUUUGGUCAAUCUGGUCCCCGGGUUGGAAUUCCACUAUAUGCUGAAGCUCUGGAUGAAUAUUCAUGGUGCAUGGAAAUUAUUGUUUUUCAACCUAGCACCAAACAUUUGUAAAACUCCAUAAUCAGGAUGUCAAGCAGAACUUUGAUCUGAAUUUCCCAAUUCAUAAAUACUGAAUGUGUACAAACUUUGGGCUUUACCCAUGAACAGGCAACUGAAUUGUCCCCCAUUUAUACAUUCUCUGGCUUUCUAGCACAGUGUUUUCCAACCAGGGUGCCUCCAGCUGUUGCAAAACUACAACUCUCAGCAUGCCCGGACAGCCUUUGGCUGUCCGGGCAUGCUGGGAGUUGUAGUUUUGCAACAGCUGGAGGCAACCCUGGUUGGGAAACACUGAUCUAGCAGUAGCAGAUAUCCCAAAUUCAUGCUUGCUUUGAUAGACACAUGCUGGAAGUUGUGAUUUUGCAACAGCUGGGGAGCCACAGGUUGAAGACCACUGCGAUAGAGGCAACUGGGACCUAUAGUAUGAGAAUAAAUGAAUGAGAAGGCAGCUCAGCAGAUAUCCAUUGCCUCAUGGACACAGUAGUAAGAAAUCACUAGUUCUUGGUGAAUUGUGAGACUUCUGCCAUUAGUUUAGCUCUACGUGAUAAUGACAGGUGCACUUUAAUAAAUCAGCCUAUUUAAUCCCUUUGCAUCAGUCUUAUUUGUAAGUGCAUUUGCUUGCAUUUGUUUAAGUAGUUCUUUAUUAGGAUGCUUUCAGUUAUACUUAUUUAUAGGACUGAGGUAGUGGAAUUUCAUAUACAGUGAACCUUUCAUAAACCAGUAAACUUUCUUAAUAAUCUAAAUACAACAUAGUAUUUGACUAAAUGAAUACAUCCUAAGGUAACCUAUGAGAACUAUGAACAGUGAACUAAGAUAUCAGUUUAAUUUCCAGUAUUUAUAGACAACAAUAUAUGAGGAAAUAAUUAUUUGUUGUUUUAUGUUUUCUUUUGGACAUUAGAAUAAGGCUGUGCGGCCACAUGCUGGUGAACGCAUGCAUCGGAAAGUGUGCCACCCAUGCAUUCACCAAUGGACACAUAAUAGGGGAGAUUAAUCAAAACCUGUCGAGAGGAAAAGUUUCUGAGUUGUCCAUAGCAACCAAUCAGAUUGCUUUUUUCAUUUUUGAAAAGGCUUGUGAAAAAUGAAAGAAGCGAUCUGAUUGGUUGCUAUGGGCAACUCAGCAACUUUUCCUCUGGACAGGUUUUGAUAAAUCUCCCCCAAUGUUGCUGAUAAUCCCGGCGACAUCGUGUGGCCAUUGAUGAAGCACAGAAGUGUGGUUUUUGGAUGCAUCCAUUCACUAGCAUGUGGGGGCACAGGCUAACUCAGUGGUUUAAAGGGGUUGUCUCACAACAAUACAUUGAUUGCAUAUUUAUAACUUUCCCCCCUUGUGUCUGCUGGUUUCUCACCUCUUGUUGUCUGUGCAGCAGAACACUGUGAGUAAGGUAGACACAGAACUAAAAUGGAUUUCCUGGCGUUUAGCUGGGAGCAGGACAGGAUUUGUCCGGGGCCAGGGAGACCUCAAUACUGACAAAGAGGAGGUAGCAUGAAGGGUGCAGAGUGCAGCUCAGACAGACCUGCUAUUAGUGUUAAAGGGUACUCCGCCCCUAGACAUCUUAUUCCCUAUACAAAGGAUAGGGGAAAAAAUGUCUGAUCACGGGGGUCCCGCCGCUAUGGACCCCCACGAUCUCGGCUGCUGCACCCUAGACUUGCGGUGCACGGAUUGAACUUCGCUCCGUGCUGGAUGACUGGCGAUGCGGGGCAGAGGUUGGUGACGUCAUGACGCCUUUGGAUAGGGGAUAAGAUGUCUAGGGGCGGAGUACCCCUUUAAGGUUACUCAGUGGGCUCAGUCCUAUGGAAAAACGAUAGUAUCACACUGAAUUGUAUCAAAAUACAAACUUUAAUCCUCUCUUUCUUACUAUGGCAGAAACAAGAAAUAAAUUCCAACCAUUUCUGCCAUAAUGAAUUUGGAUUGCAGAUUCUAAUUUGGCGUAAUUCACAGUUGUAUCAAAAUGGACUGUGGGAAAAUCUACUAAGUUAUCUAAACUCCUAAAUCAUCGCAUCUUUAUAUGUUAUGUAUUGCUUUUUAACUAUAAUAAAAUGUUGUACAAAGAACUAAUGGAGGAUCAGCUCCAUUACAUCUGAACGUUAAGAAUACAAUUUAAACUAUUGAUUGACUGGAAACACAAAUCUGCAACUAUAUUACACAUUGGUUUACAAUUCACUAUAUGUUAUUAUUAGUUGUACGUGCUCUGUUUUGCACCAUAAAGUUGUAUGUACCAUUCUAUGCAGUCCAACAAUAAUUCUCAUCUGUUCAUUUGUAUAAUUCUUUAUCUAAAUUUGAUUAAAUUUUACAAGAACGGUAUUUUGCAAUAAGA